AGGAAAAGGACCAGAAGCUCUGCAACAUGGCACCCAAGAAAGCCAAGAAAAAGGAGGCAGCAAGCUCCAACGUGUUCAGUAUGUUUGAACAGUCCCAGAUUCAGGAGUUCAAAGAGGCUUUCACCAUUAUGGACCAGAACAGAGAUGGUUUCAUCGACAAGAAUGACCUGAGGGACACAUUUGCUGCGCUGGGUCGUUUGAAUGUAGGGAAUGAGGAGCUUGAGGACAUGUUGAAAGAAGCUUCUGGACCCAUUAACUUCACUGUAUUUCUCAGCAUGUUUGGAGAGAAGCUCAAAGGUACUGACCCUGAGGAGACCAUCCUGAAUGCUUUUAAGAUCUUUGACCCUGAAGGAACAGGAGUCCUCAAAGGAGAUGAAAUCAAAUAUUACCUGAUGUCUCAAGCAGAUAAAUUUACAGAAGCUGAGAUUAACCAGAUGUUCACGAUGUUUCCUUUGGAUGUGGCUGGUAACCUGGACUACAAGAACCUCUGCUAUGUUAUCACACACGGAGAGGACAAAGAGCAGGAGUAA